AUGGCGGAGUUCGUUCGCGCCCAGAUAUUCGGCACCACCUUCGAAAUCACCACCAGGUACUCUGACCUGCAGCCGGUGGGCAUGGGAGCCUUUGGCCUUGUCUGCUCCGCCAAAGACCAAUUGACAAACCAGGCCGUCGCCGUCAAGAAGAUCAUGAAGCCGUUCAGCACGCCGGUGCUGGCCAAGCGGACUUAUCGAGAGCUCAAGCUGCUCAAGCACCUGCGGCACGAGAACGUCAUCAGUCUAAGCGAUAUAUUCAUCUCACCGCUUGAAGAUAUGUAUGCUUAUCUCGACCCCUCAUUGAUUCAAGCGCCGUCUACUGACUCGCUGGCUGCCAGAUACUUCGUCACAGAGCUGCUGGGAACAGACCUUCACAGACUACUCACCUCCCGACCCCUAGAAAAGCAGUUCAUCCAGUACUUCCUCUACCAGAUCCUCAGAGGCCUGAAAUAUGUACAUUCCGCCGGAGUCGUCCACCGCGACCUCAAACCAAGCAACAUCCUCAUCAACGAAAACUGCGAUCUCAAGAUCUGCGACUUUGGCCUCGCCCGUGUCCAGGACCCCCAGAUGACCGGCUACGUCUCGACACGGUACUACCGCGCCCCCGAGAUCAUGCUGACAUGGCAAAAGUACGAUGUCGAGGUCGAUGUCUGGAGUGCGGGGUGCAUCUUCGCCGAGAUGUUGACCGGCAGGCCGCUCUUCCCGGGCAAGGAUCAUGUCAACCAGUUCUCUAUCAUCACAGAGCUGCUCGGAACCCCGCCAGACGAGGUCAUCCAGACCAUCGGCUCUGCCAACACGCUGCAAUUCGUCCAGUCUCUUCCGAAGCGAGAACGGCAGCCACUCAGUGAAAAAUUCAAGGACGCAGACCCGCUCGCUGUCGAUCUUAUUGAGAAAAUGCUCGUCUUUGACCCCAGAGCACGCACCAGCGCCGUCCAAGCUUUGACCCACGAAUAUCUGGCUCCCUACCACGACCCUACUGAUGAGCCCGAGGCCGGCGAACGCUUCGACUGGUCCUUCAACGAUGCCGAGCUCCCCGUCGAUAGCUGGAAGAUCAUGAUCAGCAGCAGCAGCAGCAACAAUCACAAAUACCACAAGAACCGCAAGUACUCUGAGAUUCUCGACUAUCAUAACGUCGACCAGGUUUCACAGGAGUACACCGAGCCCCAGCCUCCCUCAAUAGAUAUGGCAGCCACCGCCCCAGUCUCCCAUCAGCAAUGA